CCGGGUUUCCGGUGCGGUGCGGCGCGGCGCGGCGCGGCGCGGCGCGUCCGGGUGGGGGCGACGGAGCGAGGCGGCCGGAGCCGGAGCAUGGAGCGGCCCGCGGCGGAGCCGGGCGCCCAUUCCCGCGCCAACGGCUGCAGCGGCGCGGCCCACGGCGCGCUCCGCAACGGCUACGUGCGCGGCCUGCCCGCGCCCGACACCCAGAUUCAUCAUAUUGUGCACAAUGGAGGGUUAUACAAAAAGCCUUUCAAUGAAGCCUUUGAAGAAACACCAAUGCUGGUUGCUGUGCUGACCUACGUAGGCUAUGGUGUUCUCACUCUCUUUGGAUACCUGCGAGAUUUCCUGCGACAGUGGAAGAUUGAGAAAUGUCAAAAUGCAACAGAAAGAGAGGAACAGAAGGACUUCGUCCCAUUGUACCAGGACUUUGAAAAUUUCUACAACAGAAAUCUCUACAUGCGCAUUCGAGACAGCUGGAACAGACCAAUCUGCAGUGUGCCAGGGGCCAAAGUGGACAUGAUGGAGAGAGUUUCCCAUGACUACAACUGGACAUUCACGUACACUGGGAGAGUGAUAAAGGACAUUAUUAAUAUGGGUUCCUACAACUAUCUUGGAUUUGCGCAGAAUACUGGGGCUUGCCAGGAAGCAGCAGCUAAAGUUCUGUCCCGGUAUGGAGCUGGGGUGUGCAGCACUAGGCAGGAGAUGGGAAACUUGGACAAACAUGAGGAGCUGGAAAAGCUAAUUGCCAGAUUCCUAGGCGUGGAAUCUGCAAUGGCAUAUGGGAUGGGGUUUGCGACCAACUCUAUGAACAUUCCUGCUUUGGUUGGCAAGGGCUGUCUGAUUUUGAGUGAUGAACUGAAUCAUGCAUCACUAGUGCUUGGCGCAAGACUGUCAGGAGCAACUAUUCGAAUCUUUAAGCACAACAAUAUGCAAAGCCUGGAGAAGCUGCUCAAAGAUGCUAUUGUGCAUGGGCAACCUCGUACGCGAAGGCCCUGGAAAAAAAUCCUUAUCCUGGUGGAAGGAAUAUACAGUAUGGAGGGAUCCAUAGUCCGUUUGCCUGAAGUAAUUGCCCUUAAGAAGAAGUACAAAUCCUACCUGUACCUUGAUGAGGCUCAUAGUAUAGGUGCCCUGGGUCCCAGUGGCCGAGGUGUAGUGGAGUAUUUUGGACUCAAUCCUGAAGAUGUGGAUGUCAUGAUGGGAACAUUCACCAAAAGCUUUGGAGCUGCUGGAGGAUACAUUGGAGGCAAGAAGGAAUUGAUUGAUUACCUCAGGACAUAUUCUCACAGUGCUGUGUACGCAACAUCACUGUCACCUCCUGUUGUGGAGCAGAUCAUCACCUCCAUGAAGUGUAUUAUGGGCGAAGAUGGUACAACUUUUGGGAAAGAGUGUGUGCAGCAGCUGGCAGAGAACACAAGGUAUUUCAGGAGGCGACUUAAAGAGAUGGGCUUUAUCAUCUAUGGAAAUGAAGAUUCCCCUGUUGUGCCUCUUAUGCUGUACAUGCCAGCAAAAAUUGGUGCGUUUGGGCGUGAGAUGCUGAAGCGGAACAUUGGUGUUGUGGUUGUUGGUUUCCCUGCAACCCCAAUCAUCGAGUCUAGAGCCAGAUUCUGUUUGUCUGCAGCUCAUACCAAAGAGAUACUUGAUACAGCUUUAAAAGAAAUCAAUGAAGUUGGGGACCUUUUGCAACUGAAAUAUUCCCGUCACCGGUUGGUACCUCUUUUGGACCGGCCAUUUGAUGAGACUACGUAUGAAGAAACAGAAGACUGAACUCCUUCCGUGUGCCUUGGUGGGAGGAACACACUCCAUGGGGACACUCUGUAGCACGCAGGCUACAGAGUCCAUGAACAACACACUUAUGACUGCUUAGCAUAAAAGACAUUUCCUCACAAUACUGAAGUGGCCACAUCAGCUCUAAAUGGCAUUUUGUAAAUAGGGAGAGGAAACAAAAGCUUUGAUUCCUGUGUCUUCAGGGUCUGGCCCUAGAGGUGCUUGGCUUUAUUUUUUUCUUAAUGCUUUUUUAUUUAUUUGUCACAGUGAAUUCACGGCAACCCUAGUUGGCUGUGGGUGAUCAGCUCAGACUCUGUAUGCACCAUUAGCCUUCCCAAUGCUGGCUGAGAUGUUGUGAGCAUGUGUGAUGCUGGCAUGGCAGCAUUUCCAGUGUCACUGCUAGGUGUCUGACCUUCCCAUUAAGGAGUGAGCUGACCUGUCUGUUCAUUCAGGAACUCCUGGAGAAACUGUUGAUUGCUAACUUUAACAUAUUUAACAAGAUGGAUAAUCAACCAAAGCUUUUUUCUUUUGCAGUUACUUGUGUUUAAAACUUGAAUUUAGCCUUUUUUAAAAUAAAUGUGUUGUUGACAAGUCACUGACAGGACCAUUGUUCCCAAACACUAUUUAGUUUUGUAAGCCACAAACAGAAAGUCUUCUGGGACUCUAGCCUCUUUUGCUUCCCAGUACGGGUACCGGAUUGUCUCCUGGUUUUGACAGUAACUGUCCUCUUGCUAUAGGGUGAGUGAUGGAGAGAUUUUUUUUUCCAUAGGCUGAGUUUUGUCUUUCUUCUGACAUACUUCUGGUUUUUUUUCUAGGUGGUUUUAGUGAGUUUUGCUUUCUCAUCUACAGAUGAACUUAUCUUUUGCUUUAGAACUAUCAUAAAACCAUGAGCAAGUAUAUCUGGUAACUGAUAGGUUCUAGAAGGAUAUUCUUGGAAUCAAAUAAACCCUAGCAAGCCUUAUGCUUUCUGGUAAGAUCAGAACCACCCAAAAAUCAGGGCACUGCAAUGGAUGACUACUAGGAAAACCACUUAUUUCAUGCAGAUCUGUGAAAGAGUGAUUGCUACCCUUUGCCACACUAAUUCACUGUUUCUUGUCAUAUUUGAGAUGUUCUUCACUGGCCUCACUGUGCAAGGCUUUUAUGCAAACAGUACAGAGAGCCUGGGUCUUGUAGCAUACAUUUUUUUUUUAGGUAACCAACAAAAUCUGUCAACUGGUAGCUGCAUGUCUUUGCAGGCCUUCCCUGAAGAGAGAAUGUGCUCACAAUUGCAUCAAGUUUGAGAUCUUUUUUCUUUUGCAUUUCUGCUGCUGUGAAAUCAAACUCAGUGUUCAAUGAGCAGUUGUUCUUUGGAAUCUUUAUUUUCAAGUUCCACGCUGUCUUAUUCUGAUCGAAGUAUAAAACAGACACCUUAGACACCUUUGCUUUAGCACACCUUAGAGGUGGUCUGCUACCUAGUCAUUGCAUCUUGAAUUCUUUCAGUGAAUAGAAUGGAUCCUUGAAGAGAAACCAAAACAUUUACAGCAAGGGUCAGUUGCAGUGUCAUGGGUUCCUGUAUGUUUACCUUGGACAUGUAGACUUUCUGCAAAGAUAGCAAUACUUCAGCAUUGUGAAGCAUAAAAAUUUGUUCAGGUUUUGGCUAGCCAUACAAUUCAGUUAGUCAUACUUUUUGCAGGUGACAGUUUUAAACAAAUUCUUCAUCUUAAAGCUAAAGCAGAGUGCAGCUCAAAGCAAUAUGUCUGGUGCUGCAAAAAAUUUAUUUAAAAAGUCCUUUUAUGUUCACUCUGCAGCUGACAGGGAUGGAGCUCUUUAGUCACUAGAACCAAGGAGUUCUGCAAACAGGUCUCGUGAAUUAAAGCAGAAUUGUCUUCUAUUUUAUAAAAUAUCUAUCUUCACAUGUUUAUAGCUCUUGUUCUAUUUUAGUGUAAGUGAACUUCAAAACACUGAUUCCAUUUUUACUAUUGCAUUUCAGAAAUUUAAAUAGAUGAGAAAAAAAAUUGGCUGUUUUUAAGUUAGAUCAGGAUAACUGUUUCUGAUUUAGUCAGUCCAAUGACAUUGAUUUGUUAGUCUUCUGGAGCGAAGUGCGUGCACAAUCUAAGAAGCGUUUAACGUGUGUUUCUAGCCUUGAUGGGUAUGGAGUAACCUCAUUUGUUCAGCCAUAGAGUAAACUGCAAUUAGGUGAGCUUACCUCGUCUCUUUGACCCUCCUCACCUGCGCUCUGCCCAGGACGACUUCUAACAUUCCAGCAGGAUCGUGGGACAGUUUGAGAGCUGACAAAAAGAACCGAUGCGGAGGCAUAGGCAUGGGUCAGUGCGGAGCCAUUUUGAGCAUUCCCAAAUGUACAGUGACUUCUGUCUGCUGUGUGGUCAGUCAGUUUGAAAAUUGUGACAUACUAAGUUUGAGGUGAGUUAUCUUAUAUUCUAUAAGUCUUUAGUCCUAAUCUUCUGGGAUUUAGUUCUAGGGCAGCUUGUCUUUAGAAGGGAGAAAAAAGGCUGGAUAUGUAUCAGUAAUUCAGUUAACUGCUGUAAAACAUUUCUGAAAUUGUCAGUGUUUUAAAAGUAUCUGCUGGGAUUCCCCUUGUACUUGUUUGCAGAGACUGUGUUCAUGCUAAACUUCUGCCAUUUAGUGUCUUUCUGCUGGGUCACACUGUCUGCAUAUAACUUUGAAUUCUGGGUUGCUAAGACAUUUCAGAAAUCACUCAGGCAGUUAGUAGCAUUUGCAAACUGCUUGGUUACAUUUCAGCCCUGCCACAUCUAUUUUGGGAAGCCAUCCCUCCCCCCGAGGCCUGUUGUUCAGGGGAACCUGUUUUGCCAAAGUCUGGUACCUGUUGAAACUGCUUCUGAAAAUGUAGUAAGUUAUGAGACUGAGAUUUAGCACUUUAAGUUAGUAAUUCACUGAGCUUGAAAGCCAGGAAAAUCUUUUCAUAUUUACUGGAAAACUUGGUUCCCACAACUAAAGGAGUUGAGCAUUACUGUAUUGUACAAGGCAAGCCUACAGCAUAAAUGGUGGCAAAGGUGUGUGGAAUGGAUUGCUGAUUUUGACAGUUAUAAACUGGCUAUAAAUCUGUCUCCUUUUAAUCCUAGCAAUAGAAGCAAAUGAAAGAACCAGUCUUGAGAGAUUACAAAGGAAGAGAAGCUGCUUAAGAAAUAGACUUCAGUCUCUGCCAACUUUUCUGAGAAUUUCUAAUUGAAAAUGACUUCUGGUAUUUCUUAAGGGACACAAAACUGAAAAGAAAAUGAAGGCUGUUCUUGAACAAAGGGUUUUGCACUGUACUGUAUACUGGCUAAACUUAUUCAUAAACAUACAGUAGUUGCCUUCCCAGUACCUCUCUGAAGAACUUAACAAGCAAGAUUUUGCCUGUGCUGAGCUGAGUGAAGGGCUUAUAACCAUUCUAGUUCAAGGCUGGUGACCACAUUUUUACUCUUAAGAAAAUAGAGAAGCUCCUAUUACUGAGCAUCAGUGAAGAGUGAGAGAUCUGCUUCAUGUUAGAAACUGGCCUUCUCAAGUAGGAGACCUUCGUGUUAAGGAGCCUGGUUCAUAAUUUCUCUUUAGUCCUUUGGCAGGACAGAAACAAAGUUUUGAUUUGUUUUGGUUUUUGUAUCAGAAUAUUCAGGGCUUUUUUUACACAAGACACAAACUUUUGUAUAGUAUCUGUGUAUAUGGUAUAUUUAACACUUUUUGUUUAGUUCCUAUAUUUUUCCCUUUCUAAGGAGCGUCCUUAAGGAGCUGUUCUGGUUCUUGGGUUACCAGUGUAGCACGCUUCAGCUUUAGACAGACUGGGGAGUGAACUGACCAAACACUUCAGAGCGAUGAAGUCAUUCAGUGAAGGAGUUGCAUCGUUUAUCCUCCUCUUGCUGUUUCCUCUCAGAGUACAGAAGCAGUACCCGCUCUCAGAACUGCAGGAAAGGGGAGUGUUCCAGUGAAAUUAGUGAUCCAGCCCUGUGCUGUUUGGAUGAAGGAAAUCUAGCUUCCUGAUACAGCAGAGAUGGAGAAAAGGGGCAGUCAAUGAUCAAUUAUUUUCAGCUGUAUAGGGAUCUUUCAUGUGUACUGGAACAAGGAUCCUUAUAAUAGGGAUGCAACUUUACAUGCUCAAAGGGAUACUUCUAUAAAACUUUUCCACAUGAAGUAGACAAAUACUUCUUGUCUUUCUGUGCAGAUUUCCAUUUCUUUACACCUUUGGAAAAGUAUUUGGCUUUAUAGCAGUUUUCUCAUCUAGAAGCCGUAUUAUCCAUUCAUGCAGGUUAUAGGAAAGGUUGGAGGAAAACCAUGAGUUGUCCGUUUCAUCCAAGAGAACAUCUUGCAGCGUUGUACUUGGAGUGCUAUGCAUAAGUCCCCUCGCUCCGUCACAUAAAAUAAAACUCAUGGACACUUAGUCCAAUAUACAAUGCUCAGUCUAAAUUACUACUAACCAGGCAGGCAGGUGCCUGUGUGGCCUGGAACUUCUGUAUGGAGACUUGAGGUACCCGCGGUCUGUUCUAAUAUGGGUGAAGCAGUGGGCUGCCUGUGAAUGCCUAAUAUGACCCCUCACUGAGUAAAUUGCUGGCUUCAGCACUAGUCCUGGCACCCAAGUGGUAUUGGAUCACUCUUUGGGAAAAGCACCAGUCAUACGACAUAUAUAACUUGGACAUAGUUUGGAAGGGAAAAAAAAACAAAAACAAAACCUCAGAUGUCAUUGUAAUGGCUUGUAUUCCUGUAAACAUUCCCAGUCUUGCAAGUUGUUUUCCUGUUCAGAAAUUUGGAUGUGAAUCUAAAGCAUACCCAUGAAGCAUCUGUGUGAAGUAUCAAGCUUCAUCUUUCACUGCAAAGAGAAGUGUUUAGUGCAAAGAUUGGAGCAGUUCUGUUUACAUCCCCAAAAGGGGUUGGGUGAAGGAGGAAAAGAUGACUGUAUUGUGGUGUGUGUUGAAGGCCUUAAACUGUGACUCUUGGUAUGAAGAAUUGAAAUUAAAACUGACCCUGAAGAAUGCAGUGGAUUUUAACCCACAGAUAUUCUGUGCUCUUAGUUAAGCAAUAUCUACUGCUGUUUUCUUGGGAGGGAGGGAGAGGUUUGGCUCAAUUUGUGCUUGACCCUGGCUAUCAGCUGUUUAAAGAGCAGAAGAAGCAUCUGUAUGUGAAGGCCAAAAAUAGUGCAGUUCUCUGCACCCAUGCUCCUAUGUAGCAAGGGCUGGUAACUUGUUCCUAGGCUGCUGAAAGUGGGAGAAUUAUGGAGAGGGUUAGGGAGUUCAGAAGCAGUGGCAGCUAGCAAAUUAAUUUCCUCAACAGUAGAUGAGCAGGUCUCACUUGAAUAUGCCGAGGAUUGGUGCAGCUCCAAAAGUACCCACAGCUAAGUGAAACGUGCACCAAACCAUCUGAACACUGUAUUGCUUUUC